AUGCUCGGCUUCCCCACUUUAUUCGGUGUAGCCGCUUUGUUAGCAGGUGUAUCUGCCGGUGAUCCCUUCUUCAUCGUCCAGCACGGUACUGCUACUUUUACUACUCGAGUAGACCCCAUCGUCAACCCAGGAACUAUUUCCACCCAUGUACAUACCGUCGUAGGAUCAUCUUCUUUCAAAAAUGAAUAUACGUACGAGAACAAUCGAAAUGGAAAAUGUACCACUGCCAACGUCAUCGAGGAUAAAAGUAAUUACUGGGCACCUCAACUAUACCAUAAAUACGAUAAUGGUACUUUUGAGCUGGUCCGAAUGAACAGGGUCAACACAUCCGGCCCAGACGAAGAAGUCCACGAGUUCCCCGAGGGUUUCAAAAUGUUAGCGGGCAGUUCCAAGCGAUCGACCUAUGACGACAACGAUUAUACCAAUAAGGCAAUCAGUUAUACCUGUUUGGAUUAUAGUGGACCUGGUAAACCAGAUACUCGCGAGUUCCCCGAAUAUAGUUGUCCUCAAGAUCUACGAGCUAACAUCUUCUUCCCAAACUGUUGGGACGGUGUGAACAACUGGUUAGAAGGUAGUAAACAUGUUGCCUAUCCCGCUUCGGGAGGUUUUGAUUCAGGUGGUCCAUGUCCUGCUACUCACCCUAAGAGAAUUAUGAGCUUGUUCUAUGAGUUCCACUUCUCAGACAAAUACGAAUAUAAGGCUGGUGCGAGAGUUUGGGCCAAUGGUGAUGAUGUCGGUUAUUCUUCUCAUGGUGACUUCACCAACGGUUGGCCUACUGGACUCUUCCCUAAGGUGUUUGAAGCUGGCUCCUCAUGCGAUGUAGGAUUCUCAAUUGAAAAAUGUCCAGUCCUCGAACCAAUCUUCACUGGCGGUGGUGGCGAUACUUGUACGCCUGAUGAUCCAAGUGUAAUCAUCGAUGAGGAAGUAGGAGAGAAUGGACUUCUCACUGCCCUGCCAGGAAACAACCCAUUAUGGUCUGCCAACGGUGCUCCCGCUACCAACAACGCCUCUUCUUUUUCUUCCGUCAACUCCACUACACCGUCGACUUCUGCUUCCGCAGCUUCCUCCGCUACUUCUAAGGUCCCUACUACUUCUUCCGCUACCCUUCUCGUCACACCAAUCGGAGCUAUUCAAUCUUCUGCUCCGAGCUCUACUUCGUCCUCUAGCGUCAUCGGGGAGAUCCACUUGAGUCCUACACCUACUGAAGGUGCUUCGGCCGGUGGUCAAUGCAAAGCGAAGAAGAGGAGACUUUCAGCUCAGUUCUAA